GCAGACAAGGGCAGUGAUUGGCGGGCGCCACUAGCCAAUUGUUGAGAGCAGCAGGAUAGUCCAGGAAGAGGGCCAACAUGGGGCGCCCUCCUCUUUGAGAUGGCUUGGAAUCCAGCUCCUGGUGGCAUUAUGACGACAAACCGUGAGGAUGAAAUUGGACUCCAUAGACAUCUAGAAUCCUCUGACACUGAAGACGAAUACCAUGAGGAGAAUGACAUACAGAGACCAAGCUUCAGAGAGCGAGCCAUUGCCCCUAUGCAUCAUUGGGGGAGAGGAUUCAGAGGUGGCCAUAGGGGAAGAAACGGGAAUUUUUUUGGACAAAGACUUUCAGAAAAUCAGCCUUCACAUCAUCUGAUGAGGCAUGAUAACAGUGAAGAUCGAUCAGAGUGGAAUGGAAACCAAUCAGAAGAGAGACAGUCACCAAUAGAAGGAAAUCAAGUUUCCUUCAGGAGAGUUCAUAGCCACUCCCAAUCUCGGGGCCGCCAUAUUAUCAGAUCUCAUGGCCCCCACUCCAGAAGAUCUCAUAGCCACUUUAGGAGAUCUCCUGUCUACUCAGAUAGAUCUCUUCAUGACCAUGCAGAUAGACCACAUCAUGACCAUUCAGGUAGACCACAUCAUGACUACCCAGAUAGACCACAUCAUGACCACCGAGAUAGACCACAUCAUGACCACCGAGAUAGACCACAUCAUGACCACUCAGAUAGACCACAUCAUGACUACUUAGAGAGACUACAUCAUGACCACCCAGAUAGACUACAUCAUGACCACCCAGAUAGACUACAUCAUGGCCACCCAGAUAGACCACAUCCUGGCCACCCAGAUAGACUACAUCAUGACCACCCAGAUAGACUACAUUAUGAUCACUCCAAUAGACCACAUCAUGACCAUUCGGGUAGACUACAUUAUGACCACCCAGAUAGACCAGAUCUUGACUACCCAGAUAGACUACAUCAUGACCACCCAGAUAGACUAUAUCAUGACCAUGCAGAUAGACCACAUCGUGACUACUCAGGUAGACCACAUCAUGACUAUUCAGGUAGAUCACAUCAUGAUCACCCAGACAGACCUCAUCAUGAUCACCCAGACAGACCUCAUCAUGAUCACCCAGGCAGACCUCAUCAUGAUCACCCAGGCAGACCUCAUCAUGAUCACCCAGGCAGACCAUAUCAUGACCACCCAGACAGACCACAUCAUGACCACCCAGGUAGGCCACAUCAUGACCACCCAGGUAGACCACAUCAUGACCACCCAGGUAGACCACAUCGUGACCACCCAGGUAGACCACAUCAUGACCACCCAGAUAGACCACAUCAUGACCAUUCAGGUAGGUUUCAUCAUGACCACUCAGGUAGGUUUCAUCUUGGCCACACAGAGAGAGCUCAUCUUAGCCAUGCAGAGUUAGGUCACCAUGACCACAGAGGAAGAGCUCAUCUUAACCACACAGGGAUAGCUCAUCACGACCAUGCUAGGAGAGCUAAUGAUGGCCAUGGAGGGAGAGCUCAUAACAACCAUACAUGGAGAUCUCGCAGUCAUGAAGAGAGAUAUCGUGGUCAAGCAGAAAGAUUUGGAAGAAUCCAAUCAUCACCAGAAUCUGAACCUGAAAUUGACAGAUUCUCUACAAUAAGAGAAACGACUGAAUACUUACUAGCUCAGGAACAGCAGAGAAAUGAGCUAAUUAAUCUGAAUGAAGGGAUGAUAGAAGAAGACUACAGCAGCUCUGAAGAAAGCGAUGAAAGUUCUGACAGUUUAUGGAGACCUGAAGUUGAUGCGGAAUUCCUGAAUGGUAGAUACACUACAAUUAAGACUAUUACACGUUUUCCUAAAGGAGUAAGACUGAACUUCAAUGUCGCAGCACGGACUAAUCGGACUAAUCUGACCCUCCAUACUAGAUUCACCAUCCUGAGGAGUUUGAGACGUGCCAGAAUGAACAAUAUGAACAAUAGACCCAGAAGACAGGAAGACUGAACUGUCAUUUACUAUCAAGGGUUUGCUGAUAAUUGCACUGAACCAUACUUAGGAGCAUAAAUAUAUUCUUAGAAUGUUGAA